AACAAGGAAGUAGAUAUUUUAUGGAGGAAAGAGUGGUCUGCUGCUGCACAGAGGCUCACCUUCAUUUUCAUGAUUUUUAAAUUAGUAAUUAUAGUAAAUACUACUUCUGAGAGAAACUCAACAUUAUGGAUUGCCGCUGACUACCAUAUCUAUUUGUUUUAAACAACUGGAGUAGAACAGGAAAAUCAUAAGAUAAACAAAUUCCAUCCUCUUUAAGUGAAUAUUUAAUGUAUAUUAACACAUUUCUACAAUGUCUUUCAAUAAGACAUGAAUAGAAAAGUUUCAGUUUGAUUAUGUUUAUUGUUAGGUGGGGGAAUCGGAGAAGUGAUUCACAGCGAGAGACACAGAGAGAAAUGACAAAACACAGGAUAUCAUUGUGGGAGGACAGUGAUCUAUGGCACAGUAUAGGAGCUCACUGGUGGCUGACAGUGUUGACGAGUGGAGGUGGAGACAGGCGGAGGUGAGCGAAGGGCAGAUAAAGACUGGCAAAGACAAAAUAUUUUCCUUAGGCUGCUGUCCUCGUAUAUACACACACAGACUCUUCCUUCCCAUUAGUUACAGUCAUAUAAAAUGUUAUGUGCUGUCAGUGCAUGUAUAUGAACACACUCACUGUAGACCUUUAUGUGAACCAUUAAAAUUUACCUCACAGUCAAAAAGCAAUGCAGCUAAUUAACAAACAAAUAAUAAACAAAUAUUACAAAUAACUUUAACUGCAAAAAAAAAAAGGAAAAAACCUUAAAAACAUUAGACCAACACAAAAUGUCUGCAAUAUCACUGUGAUUUAAGCUAAUACAAUGGAUCAUUUCAAGUUUAUGAGUCACUCUAAAGAGAGCUGCCUCUUAAACCUAAUAGGAGUAGGAUUUUGUGAAGGGUAUUGUUUUCACUCAUAAAGGACAGAAAAUGGAUACAGCCAACUUGCUUCAAACACUGGAUUAAAAGAGAGUGGAAGGUGACGUUUUGGAGUCUGACUGGGUUUUGAAGUAUUUUGUUCAGGGAAACUAAAGGGAACUUAGUGAUUGUAAUAAAUUUUACAAAAACUUUGAUGAAAAGGGACACAUGGAGGACUUAAAAAGAAUGUGUACUCUGUGAGGCCAACAGAGAAAACAACAUUAUUCUCUAAUGUGCCUUUACUAUUAUUACUCUGAAGCUAUGAGCAUACAUGAAAAUAGACUUUUUGAGAGCUGCUUAUGUCAGUAUAUGAUUCAGCUACAAUGUUUACUGAGAAAGUGCAUAUCUUUAUCUCUCUAUCUUUCUCUUAACUAUAUUAAACUUCCCGUACUGAAUAUAUGCCGGGUUGCAUGAUGCAUAUAAUAUUAUAUAUUAUCUUCUUACAGGUGACAACUGAUAUGUAUAUGGACAAUGGUUAAACUAAGAUGUGGUUAACCACACAUGAGAGACAUCAUUCUACCAGUGAGCUCAUUGCACAUCACAAGAACUCAAGACAGAACUUAGACAGGACUCGUAGUCAUUUCCUUCCUGAUUUUCAGAAAAGGGUAGUUGAAACUUCAGUGCAUGAUACCAUCCUCCAGGAUUGUGUGUGGGGGAAGAAAUUCAUGUUAUCCUCACUUCAGGACAUUGUUAUACAAUAGCCUACACACAUGCGUGGUCUUUUUUUUUUUUCCCUCUCCAUCCUGACCCAAGUGUCCUCAGAAAACAGAGAUGUUAUUGGCCUCAUUGGGCAUAAUAUCACCUUGCCCUGUGGGUAUGACACCCAAAGCAAUGGCGUGCAGAGUUUCUGUUGGGGACAAGGGCAGCUGCCCGUGUCAAAAUGCUCCAACACCAUCCUCUCCUCCUACGGCACGGCUGCUGUAGAUUUCAGGCAGUCCUCCAGGUACCAGCUGCUGGGCAGGGUGACAGAUGGAGAUAUUUCCCUGACCAUCCUGAACGCUCAGCAGAGCGAUGCUGGCGUGUACGGAUGCAGGGUUGAGAUCCCCGGGUGGUUCAAUGACCUUAAAGACAACAUACGUCUGGUCAUGGAGGAAGCUCCUGUGGAACAACCUGUUACCCAGGACUGGACGCUUACUACUGAAACAUCUGUGCUUGAGAUUGAGGAAGAUGAUGACCCAACACCAACGGUAACUGGAAAUGAGGAAAAAUUCAAAGAGCUCCUGGAAGUGGAGAACAUUGCCAGGAUCGGAGCUAUUUUCUUCUGCAGCAUAAUCAUAAUCCUCGUCCUUUAUUUUCCGGAGAGAGUCUGAGCCUGCGGGGACACUUCAACAUCUCAACACCCCACCUGCUGAGAACCUUUACGAAAGUGUUCCAAUGCCCAAGUGACGGUCAGCGUUACAUGAACAAAGGAGUUUACAGAUUUUUACCGGGAGCUUCUGGCUGAAGUAGUGUCUGUUUGCUAUGUGCUGAUGCUCUCCAUCUCCUCAGCUUUAUAGAUAAACCUCUUGAACUCUUAUCUGUUAAUCAGUAAGAGAAUGAAGAUUGCCUAUUUCCCUGGUGAAGCAGUCCCACUGAGUCCCACUGUUCUCAGGCUGCAGUGAAAAAAGGAUAAACAUGCAUCAGAAGAUGCAAAAAUAUCCUGCAGAUUAAUUAAUUUGCUUUUAUUUGCUUUUUUAAAUAUGCCUUCUGUGUUUCAUGGAAAAUUUGAUCACAGCCAUGAAAGGCCUCUGCAUGGUUUUAACUCGUGGACACAAUGCCACCUGCUGGACUUAAUACACCAGUAUCAAAAUGUUAGCGGUUCUUUAAUGAAUCCUCAUUAAUGUGAAAACACAGUUUGGUGGGGAAAGACAGAACAGAGAGGGAGGGUAAUGAGAGUAUGGAAGAAAUGUGUGUAUUACUUACUCACAUUUAUGUUUGGAAGGAGGACGGAUGUAACAUUUUAAAUGUAUAUUGCUUAAUAAAGACUAAGUUAAAAUGAAUAAAUGUUGGACAUAUUUUUGUUUGCACAUAAAUAACAUUUUCACCACACAUCUGUCAUGCUUAUUAUAAAAUUGUUUGGUCUGACAACUUGGCUCAAUUUAACUAUGAAACACUGAACCAAUUCUGUUUCUGUUCCACCUGCUCAUUUGAAGCACUGAUCCUGUUCCUGUUUUGUUUCUGUAUUUUGUUGAUUAAUUAGUGCAGCCAUGCAACAUUAAAGAAAUCAUAGGUGAGGAAAUCUUCUCUGGUAUCAGGAACUUUAAACUUCAUGAUUGAUCAGCUGAAAUGUUUCAAUAACUACAUGCUUUUUAAAUGUUGCUACUCUAUGAUACUCUCUACUUAAUGUUACAUUUAUGAGCCAAUAAAUGUCUUUACCUCAGUAUAA